AUGGUUUUUGAUUUCGAAGAUUCAUUUGUUGAUGAAUUGUUAAGUAGUGCUUCAAAGAGCUUGCUUGUUUAUGGAGACAACACUGAUGGGCAGCUGUUAUCAGACAAUAAGACCAAGUUAUCAAGCCCAAAAAUCUUGCAGCUGCCUAUUUCAACAAUAGACGGCAUUUCAACUGGUUCAUCUCAUACUUUUAUUAGACAAGGUUCUCUUCUGUAUUGUUGUGGAAAUAAUUUCUUUGGGCAGCUUGGUAUGUGUGAAGUGAAGAAACAAUGCGAUUUCGAAAUAAUCGAUUUUUUUAAUAAGAGAUCAGAACCCUUAAGAUCUGUUAUUUGUGGCUACAACCAAACAUUUUUCUUGACGGAACAGGGUAAAGUUUAUGGUUGUGGGUUCAAUGAGGAAGGUUGUUUAGGAAUUAUCCCUAAUUCUAAUGUUUACAACAUUACUGAAGUUAAAAUACCUGGUGGAAAAUCUAUUCAAAAAAUCGCCAUAGGAAUGUACCACGUUCUAAUGUUGUCUGACGACGAUCAGCUUAUGGUAUCGGGGUUGCAAAACCAAGGCCAAUUAUUUCUAGACACAAAAACAAAAAAUCAAAAAGCCUUGAUUAUCAAUAAGGAAAUGUCUGUUAAAGAAUUGCAAGAAAUAGGAUGUGGUCAAUACUACUCAAUUGCUUUCUCAAAGAAACUAAAGAUUUUUGUGUCUGGAGUUUUGAAUGGAGGAAACACUCCUGUGUUUCUAGAGUUUGACUUGAAUAAGGAAUUUGGAUUUUCAAUGGAAAAUUCAUUGCCUUUACUUACCUGUUCUCUUAUUUGUUGUGAUGAUUGGUUUUUGGUCAGAUCAAGUUGUGAGUUUAAUCUCUUUCUCGAAAAAGACUACUUUUUUAAGUGGGUUGAUGGUAAGGUUAAAGAUGUAACAAUCUGUUUCAACAACAAAAUCAAUGAAGAGGUUGUCAGAGUUUGUAAUAGCAGGAAGGUCAUGGCUUUAACAUCAAAGUCAGGGAAACUUUUUUAUCUCACAAACUCAGAUAAGGAGAUAGUGGGUCUUGCAAAUGAGCCCAGUUUGUUUUUUAUUAGUGUAUCCCAUCCCUUCCUCAAUGAGUCUCUUCUUGAUGAUGGUUUGUUGGCUGUUGUGGGAAAUUGA